UCCCGCUUUCCAGCGCCGUUACCCGCGGAGAUCGAACAGCCAGGCGGCUUGGUUUCUCCUCACCGGGUUUUUACCCCUCACCAUCAGGCGGCGUCCGGUUUCAGCCCAGGCCGCCUUUUUGCCACCUGGUCCGUUGGGGGCUGUGCGUGAGCAUUCCCGUCGGUUUCCAUGGCAACAAGCGGCGGCGAUGGCGGCGCCCGGGCGGGGGCGGAGGCGGAGCGGGGUUCCGCGCUUCUGGUCGCCUCUGCUUUUGCCCGGUUCGGGAGCCCGGAGCUGUCCAGCCGUCGCUACACGGUGACGGCCCUCCAGGCUUGGCGGCCUAAGUGCUCCAGUUUUGGACAAAAAUGGGCCCCGAGGCUACCUUCAAGGUCCUGCCGUGGAACAGAAAGUGGUAAAUUGAGAUCUUCAAGUCUGACCACCAUUGAGAGCUUACCAUGGGAAGUUCUACUGCACAUCUUUACAUACCUGGACGUUUCUUCCUUGUUAUGUGCAGGCUGCGUCAACAGGACUUUUUACAAUGUGUCAAAUGACAAUUCAAUGUGGUGCAGAAUCUACAGCAGUUAUUUUGCUUACAGAAGCAAGGUUUGGAAACCCAAGGCUGUACAUGCAACCAUGGAGAAGCUGAGUAGGAUUUCUAUACAGGACAGUCCACCAAGAUUCUGGAAGAAAGAAUUUAUACGUAGAUGUUCCGGUUCUGGCACAAGAGGAGUGGGGCUGUUGUUGAAACCCAUUAACCGUUACACGGGAUUGCCAUCAAAGAUCAGAGAAGCAGUAAAAGCUCUUGGAAUUACUUGGAUGAUUGUUCUUCAUGAAAGAAUGGGGAAGGAAUAUGUCCAGGAGCAAAGUAAGGCCUUCUUCAGUGAUACAUCUGCUACUUUAUACUGGAACAGUGUAGAGUGGCCUCCUCUGUCUAGCCUCAAGACACUCUGUGUGUACGGAGUCACGCCAUUAUUUCCACCGAGCAAAAUCCCUGAAAAACAUGGACCUCGCCGGAGAUCCCUACUUGUGGAAUAUGAUUUAACAACUCUGGAAGAGUCCAGUACAUUUAUUGGUGGUGACAAACUUAUUAAGUUGAGAUGCUUACACCCCGGCAUGUUGUUGGGAUGCUGGCAAGAAGAUGGGGAAUUGGCUGUUAUUGUUACAAAUCUUCAUUACCAUCAACUCAUUGAGAAGAGCACACUGGGGUCAGUUACGAGCCCUUACAAGCCAUCACCUCAUGAGCCAGUGCUGGAUGAUAUUGUCUCAGAAUAUGGGCUUCUUGGCUUUCAUUGCCAUAUUACGUUGCACAAUGGGAAAAGCUCCUACAUGUCUGGUAGCUUUCAUAACCUGUUCGGUAGAAAAGAAUAUAUCCAGAAUGGCUUCUUGCAAAUAAUAGUCAUAAAUUUAGAGAAGGAAUCCCAGCAUGGCACUAUCAGUGGAAGUAUUCACAUCCCUUGGAAUACAGAGUUUCUGAAAGGAAAAAUACAGCAUUGUUGCUUGAUGGAUGUGACUGUUUUGGAUGAAGCAGAAAAGCCUUUCUGGUGUGUUAGCUCGCCUGUGGCUUUGCAGACAGUUCCUGCAUCUGACAUAAGAUACAGAUAUCUGGGCAAGAAGCAGACAAUUGACUACAAGGAUCAUGAAGGAAAAGUUCAUAUGGAAUUAAUGUGGUUGGAAGAAGAACGACAAUAUUACGUGGUCAAUCUUGUUCUUUACUUCACUGUUGAAAAAGUUAAUGUCUGGUUUGCAACAAGUUACUAAUUCAGUGCAUUAAUAUCUAUAUGAUAGCCUUCAGAAAAUGAUUGCUCCAUGCAUGUGGCAACAUGUAUGAAUCAUAAUGCUGUAUUGAGGCUUCCAGUGUUAAACGUUAUUUUGGAAAAUCUUAUUUGAUUAUGACCCUAGUAAUUGGAUUUUUGCCUUAUACCCUUCUUCCUAAAGGGUUACUUUCCUUUAAAGACACUUACUGAGAUUGAUUGCUUCCUUACACUUGACAAUACUUUUUCACCACUCAAGUUGCAGGGUAUGGUUGUCUGCUGAAACUUUGUUCCAUUAACAAAAUUAUGACCCCAUCUGGAAGGGUCCCAGUUCUCUUUCAAGGUUGAUCUGCCUUUCCUUGCAUCUGUGGCAGUGUCAGGAAAGAAGGAUGGCUUACUUUGCUUUUGCAAAAUGACUCUGGUGCUGGUAAUCUUGCUCCAAUUCAUUAUUUGCACAGAAUUCAUCUUGUUACAUUAACUUGUAUCUUCUUGUCGUGCACAUUGGCACAUUAGAAAUGUUCUCUCACAAUGACACUUGUAUUAAAUACAGAAGAUUUAAGCAUUGUUAAUAAUUGAAAUAGGCUAAUUUGCAAAUUUUUGACUGGUGCUUUUGUGUUCUAAAUUUUUGAAGCAACUGUAUGGGUUGACACCAAAGUUUAAAUAUUAAAUUAGACUAAUUUCAGAAAGCACUACAGUGGACUUUGCUUUACUGUAGGGCAUAAUAGUUAAAGGCUAGAAGUUGUGUUAGUGCCUCAGGCUACCAUAAAGCUAUCUGAGCCAUAUUUCAAGGUUUACAAAUUGUUUGAGAAUCUGCAUGAAGGUGUAGCUUGCAUGUUGAAUUUUUGAGCUGUUGUAUACAUUUAGUAAAGAGGUUCCAUUAAGCAUUAAAAGC